AUGUCGACAACCACCACCACCACCGCCUUUGCUCCUCACACACAACAACGACAGCAACCUCUCCGCCUCGCCGUCCAGAAGAAGAAGAUGAGCAUCACCCAGACUUACUACCUCGCCCACAAGGCCCGGGCCAAGCUCUCCUCCGAGGCUGCCCGCGCCGACCACGACCUUCGCCUCCUCGUCGGCCACGCCAACCUCCUCGACUCCCUGAUGCUCGAGCUCGCCGAUGCCGAGCGGGAGCAAGAGAGCUGGUUCAACCAAUCCGUCCGCGGUGCCACCAAGACUGAGACCAACGACCGUCACAUCCAAUGGGCCGACACCAUCGCUGAGGACUCGGAGGACUUGUACGAGGACGACUCCUCCGACUCGGAUGACUCUUCUGUCUCCGACGACGAUUACGAGGAGGAGGACGACGUCGAGAUGGCCGACACCGUCUCCCUCCGCCGCAUGCCCUCCGCCUCCGUCUCCGCCUCUACCCCCGCCUCCCCGAGAACAUCAACCGUCGAAGUCUCGGAAGACUACGACAUGGAGGAGGAUGACCUCGAGGAAGACUACGCACAGCUCGAGCUCGUCCGCACACCAUCCCACUCCAGCUCCAGCUCACCACCAGAGCUAGAGCACGACUCGGACAUCUCAGACGACGAGUCGAUGCCUCCAUCACCACCAAACGCAGUGCUCACCUUCAACGAGAAGGGUGUCAAGGAAGAGAUCUCUCAACAACAAAACGACGGCACCUUCUACUCAGAAGGCUUCUACCUGCCGCCCCGCAAUCCAGCAAGGCUUGUGUCUGCCAUCUCAGUGUACUAG